GCAAGUCAUCUUUUCAUGAGCUGAUUUGUUAAAAAAUUCUCAAGGAAAGCUACAUUGUUGGAGGAUCUUGCAGCAUAAAAUAAUAUAAAGGAUGUCCAACUUGGGACAGUUUGACACUGACUUUUACCAAUCUAACUAUACCAUUGAUAAUCAGGAGCAGAACUGCAAUGAUUCCAAUGCCUAUGAAAAUUUUUAUGGAUCUAGAAAACAACCAGCCGGUGAGUAGCCUCCGUCUGCCUUCAUCCCACCAGAGAUGCUCAUGUCACCAGGUUACGCGGGACAAUUUUUUCAGCCAGCAUCCAACCUGGAUUAUUAUUCACAAUCUUCUUACAUUGACAGUUUUGAUGAAGAGCCUCCUUUACUAGAAGAACUUGGAAUUAAUUUUGAUCACAUAUGGCAAAAAACCUUGACAGUGUUAAACCCACUGAAGCCAGCAGAUGGCAGCAUUAUGAAUGAAACAGACCUCACGGGGCCCAUCCUGUUUUGCGUUGCCCUAGGAGCCACGCUACUUCUGGCAGGAAAAGUCCAGUUUGGUUACGUGUACGGCAUGAGUGCCAUCGGCUGCCUAGGGAUUCACGCCUUACUAAACUUGAUGAGCUCCUCAGGGGUGUCCUGUGGCUGCGUGGCCAGUGUGCUGGGUUACUGCCUGCUCCCCAUGGUCAUCCUGUCCAGCUGCGCCGUCUUCUGUUCCCUGCAGGGCAUCUUCGGAACAGUGUCGGCCCUGGUCAUCAUCGGCUGGUGCAGUCUCUCAGCCUCCAAAAUUUUCAUUUCUGCCCUGGACAUGGAAGGACAGCAGCUUCUCAUUGCCUACCCUUGUGCCUUACUUUAUGGACUUUUUGCUCUCCUAACAGUUUUUUGAAGAGCGUUUGAGACAGCAUUACAGGAUUCUGUUUGUUUGCUGUGCAGAUUAUCCUGGAAAUGUAUUAGCAUUCAAAUUUGGUAAUAUGAUUUCUAUUUUAUUGCUGUUGAGAGAAUAAUAAGCAGAGAGACAAAACAGCACUUAAGGAUGGGGCUCUAAUAGGCUGUUUGGUUUGAAUGAUGAUUUGCUUUUGGGUUGGUGCAUUAAAACAUUUUAGAAUGCUUUAUAAAGGAAGAUAGUUGUACUGAUGGACCCUGCUUUUCUCAAUAGAUGUAUUUCUGAGAAAUUGUGAGUAAAUAAAAUCAUAGGCUGACUGGGUAAAGGAAAUCUGCAGUGAGUCUUUCUAGAAAACUUCAUGAUGACUCAGGCUGUGUGCAAGUGAUUAAAGUCACAUUGUCCAGCACCUGUGGAGAAUUGUAGGGGAGGGUUAUUUGGGGUUUUAUUUACCUGAGAGUCAAAGAAUCUCCUGUCUUUCAAUUCAUUUACUUUCACAACUGUUGUUUGGUCCCAUGUGAACAAUGCAUUGACUCACCACUUUUUCAAGCCCUCACUUCCUUCUCAAUUGGUUUAGACGUAUGGUCCGUUACUAUAUGUUCUGCCUUGAAUACAUACAUCCUCAGUAACCUUGACAUUUGCUCCCUAAAUAGAUGAAUGUAACUGGAGGAAAUCCAACUUGUUUCUCUUUAAUUAUAUUACUGUAUCUUAAAUGGCUGCUCAGUAUUGCCUUUUGAGUCCUAUUACAUUACCUUAUAAAUUUGCUUUCUCACUUUCUGAAAUGAUUGUGACACACCAUUUCUUCACUGCUCAAAUCUGCAAUAUGCCUUUCUUAUUGUUAGUUGAUGACCUUUCUUAUUUCAUUGAAAGAAACAUCCAGGAGAAAAAUGUAUCUUCCCAUCACAAGAUAAGUCAACCUGCAUGCAUCUUUAUAGACAAAUGUGUAUAUAUGUUUAUGUAUAUGUGCGCACACGCACACACACACACACACACACUCCCUCUUGUCACACAUUCUCUCUUUUCACUUCUUUUCCUCUCCACAUCCAGCCUCUCCACCUGUGUAACCGGUGUUUUCCUGUUGACCUAUCAUUCAUAUCA